CGGGACCAGGUGGGAAAGGUGAGGCAGGUAAAGGGGGGAAGUGAAGGAAAACCACGAUACAAUCUCCGGAUAAACGCGCUAUUUGGAGCUGUAUGUUACCGAAAUCUCAUCAAUAAUCACCGCAGCAUGGGCCUGUGCGACGGCCUGUCCCACUGUAAAGUGGCGCUGGCCUUCGCCGUGCUGAUGGAUCUGCUGGGAGGGACCGCCCUGCUGGUGGGGGUCUUUGCCCCUUUGAAGGUCAAAGGACAAGACUUUGGAGACCUGCUGGUCUACACCGGAGCCCUGUUCAUGGUGGCGUCUCUGGCCGGAUGGGUGCUGUGGUACAGCGGGAACAUCGACGGCCUGUCGUCCAGGAAGGAGCUCGGACACAUCAGCAGCGCCGUGGACCGACUCGCCCGCAACCUGAGCCGGAAGAUCCGCUCGUACAGCAGCCACCACUGAGGCGCCCCAGCACAGGGACGCAUUUCAGAUUCCCAUGGGCAGAUUUGGUCCGGUCCAGACGCUAAAGGCUUAUUUACUGUCAGUAUUUUUUUUCAUAGUGUUUGACUGAGUUCAGUGCAGCAGUGGUCAAUUUUUUAUUUCAAUUAAACAACUUUUGAAUUAA